GUCGACUCGUAGUAGCUCGUAUGAUCCGUUCCGCUCUACUCUCGAGAGCGUGGAAGCAAGCGUGCUAUCGGCGUCCGCACGUUACUCGAAAACCGUCAGUUUCCGCGUGGACUCCGUUACGGUGAGAGUCCUACUCUCAACAAUCCGGAUAUACACCAUUUUUCUCCCUUUUUUCUCUUUCUUUCUUUCUUUCUUUCUUUCUUUCCUUCUCUUUUUUUCUGUAGCCUAGUUUUUUUCGUUCCAUUCGUUUCGUUUGUCUUUCUCUUUUCUUUCUCCUACUUUUUUUUUUUAUCUAUUCGUUCAUCUAUCUAUACUAUUUAUCUAUCUAUUUAUCUAUCUAUUUAUUUAUCUAUUCAAAAAUUUCGUACAACCCGUUGCUAUGUUUCACGCAAGCGUUCGCGUAUGUACGAAAUUUGUUGUUUAACAAAUCUUUUCUUUUCUUUAUCCUUUUCUUUAUCCUUUCUCUUGUCGUUCUCCUCAUCAACCGUUUCACGCGUCUUCCUCUUCAUUGAAAACUCUGUUUUGGAAAUCUAACGUGAGAUUAGAAAACGGAGUUCUGAUAUAACUUGCUAAAGCGAAACAAAUAAGAUGAGUUCUCGGAAGAUUUGUAUUUCGCGCUUCGCGCAAUUUCUCCUGAUAGUUUGCUGUUUGUUAGAGUUAUCGAUGAAAGCUUGCAACGCAACAGAAUCGAACGUAACACGAUCCAUCUUGGACGACGAAGACGAUGAGGGUGAAAGUGAAGAGGAAAUUACAUUUGCUGAAUUUAAAGAAAGAUAUAGAAGACUUAUACCGUACAUGGCCUUUUACGCAGCUAACAAUAAUCUAAACGUACAAUCAAUGAUACCUGGAAAGAAUUUUGUCAACGUGCCAUCGAACGACGGAGUUACGUCAUCAAGAAGAUCGCAACAGUAUCAACCCUCUUACUCUCGAACCAACGUCGGCACCAGAAACAUUCUAAACAAUUACAGGACCAACAACGUUCAAAAUCAAUUGAGAAAAUUUGUCCCGUCCGUCCAAUACGAUCCAAACGAUAUUAACGGCGACACAGAUUAUUUCAUACCGAUAAGAUACAAUACAAAGGUAAAUCACCUUGACUAUUAUUCAUCGUCCACGUAUAAUCCGUAUCAAGAUCAAAAACAAUCACAUGCAGAAGUAACAAACACUAACACAGACGAGAACAUACAAAAGGAUGAUCGUCGAUACGGUAGACCUAUUCGACCCUAUCUUUCAACAGGCAAUACAAGAGAAUACGUUAACAGGAAUCAAGGGUUGAAACCUAUCCAAACGAAUUACCCUCAAGAUUACGUAUACGAUCACGUAAGUGGUUCAUCGUCAAAAGGAAAACCUAUCGUUGAUAUUAAUUAUCCUAGUGAAGACGUCGAGUCUCUUCGAUAUAUUCCCCAGCCAAUAAUAUCGAAAGGUACCCAACAAACCAUAAACGUUCUUGAUACUCCUCCUCCUCCUCCUCCUCCUCCUCUUCCUCCUCCUUCUCCUCUUCUUUCUCAUCUUCCUAUUAACGGAAGACAACCGGUCAACGUUACACCACAGAGGAAUUUAAAUUUUGUUAAUUUAAAUCCAAUAAUCGAAAGUUUUCAAUUAACCGAACGCCUACCCGAAACACUGGAUAAAAAUAAUUUGGAUAACAGUAUAAAAACGCUCAUUGAAAUACUCAACAUUCUUCACAAAGCGAAAAUAGAGGAAUUCCCACAAUUGCCUCAACCAUCCGUUGUUACUACUAGACCGAUUCAAAGACCCUCUAAUUAUUACCAGAAAUUACGUACAAAUACACGACCGAAAGUAAUUACGGAAUCUAGGUUCCCAGCGGUCCCAACGUCUUUGUUAAUACCGGAUGAUCCGGACCGUUUAAAACCGACAUCUUCUUACGUGAACGAAGUCAAAGCUAAAGUGAUUGUUAAACCUGUUGCUUACACGGUUGACGAUUUCAAAUCGACUCCUUCCUACAAGGACAACGAAUUUCGUCUAGUUACACCUAAGUUACCCGUGCAAUCGAGUUACGCUCUUACGGAUGAAAACAAUGAUAAAAAAGUCGUACAUUUUCAAACGGCUUAUACACCCCAAGAUAUUUCUCAACAAAAUCAUAACAAUAAAAAUCCAUUGGAAAUAUCGACUCAACAUUCUUACGAAAUCACCGAAGAUCUUAGCGACGAUAUAAUAGAUCCAAGUCGUUUUACAAUACCGCAAAUAAUUACUGAGACAACGACGGUGUCCAAUCAAAAACAAAAUGUCGUCGAACAAAACGAAAUUUCUACUUCUCGGCCAACCAUUAAUCAUCCGUCCUUGAAAUAUGGUGUCACUCGUGGCAAACCAAACGUCGAUUAUCCGGCUUACGCUGUUAUUCCGGAAACCGAAUUCAGUUGUAAGAAGCAACGUUACAAAGGAUUUUUCGGUGAUCCAUCGACCGGUUGUCAGGUAUGGCAUUACUGCGACCUUAAUGGCGGCAAAUCGUCAUUCCUGUGCCCGAACGGUACCAUCUUCAGUCAGGUUGCAUUGACUUGCGAUUGGUGGUUCAAUGUCAAGUGCGAAUCUACGACUCAAUUGUACGUUCUCAACGAACGUCUAUACAAAUAUAUCCUUCCGAUAAUGCCGAAAUUCCCGGAAGACUUUACCGGUCCGGAGGUCGAUCGAUAUUUAGAGAUCAAAUUCAAGGAAAUGGAAGCUAAGCUAAAAGAAAAAAAAUUAAAGAAACAACAGGAGAGAAAGGACAAAGCGAAGGGCAAACCGAUCGACGAUAACAAUAACAAAAAUCGUGAAUAAUUUUUAAUUGCGAAUGGAAAAUUAAAUUAUAUCGAUUAUGCUCUUUUUUUAAACGUAUAUUAUAUACGUGUAUUAUACAUACGUAUCUUGUUGCCAUUAAGAUUUGUUUUCAAAAAAAAAAAAAAAAAAAAAAAAAGAAAAAGGAAAAGAAAAAUCGUGAUUCUUAAAUAUGUAUACUUUGUGCAGUAAAAGUAAGAUUGUUUAUCAUAUCGAAAAACAUCUACACCUAGACGAAAACUAUAAUAAUUUUGCAAUUUAUUAUUAGAAAGUCGAAUGAAAUAAUGUAAGGUAUGUAUGUAUGUAUCAUGAAAAAUUUGUUCUGAUCAUUUUUUUUUUUUUUCUUAUCUUUUUCUUUCCAUAACUAAUCAAAUUAAUUUUUUCUUUGUAUCGAUCGUACUAGCUGAUUUUUUUUAUAGAAAUCUGAGCGGGUAUAAAAUGGCUGAUGAUAUUCAUAAGUAUUUUCUCCCUCUCUAGUCAUACAUGCUUACUAUGUAAUUAUUUAUAGCGGAAUGUGCUCAGUUAAUUGAAUAUUAUUGUACCUAAAUGUUUAUCAUAAAAGACUUUCUAUAAUAGUCCUUUGUAUAGACAUGAACCUUACUUAUAAUAUAUAUAUAUAUGAGAUAUAAAUUUCAUCCAUAUAAGAAAAACAUUUGAUAAAUGUUAUUGCGAUGCAUCAUAACAAAUCAAGAUUGUAUAAACGCAAUGUAAAGUUAUAAACAGAAUAAAUCUAUUUAUUACUCUU